CUUCUUCCUCUUCGAUGCUCUUCCUCCUUCUUCUUCGUUUCCUCCUUCCUCUUCCUCUUCCUCCUUCUUCUUCUUUUCCUCUUUCCUCUUCUUCCCGCAACAAUAAACUAUCAAUCAAUCAAUCAAUCCUUUUCCCUUUCCUCCUUCUGCUUCUCCUCCUCCUCCUCUUUCUGUGGGCGUGUCUAACUCCACUGCGCAACGCGAAUUAUGAAUAGAACAAGUAUCAGUCAGUCCUUCCUCCCCACGGCACAAGGAGGGACGCCACCCCUGCUCACACACCUGCAAACACACCUGUAAUCCCUCCUGCAGGUGUACCCGGCGGGAUGCAGCAGGGCCAGCAUGGGGGCGUGUCCCUGGCAGUGCUGGUGAUGAUGGUGCGGGUGGUGGCAGGGCAGCAGCAGGAGGAAGAGCAGGGGGGGCAGCAGCAACAAGGUCCUCUCUCCUGCUGGUCCUGCUCAGACAACACCACCGGCCAGUGCUAUGAUCUGGACCAGAAUAAUAAGAAUCUUUCGCAGACCUGCAACCCCGAGGAAGUCUUCUGCUCGGUGAACCGGAUCUGGUAUGUGGUUGAGGGAGAGGCCAACGAAACAAACUUCAGUCUCAAUCGUACCUGUGUAGCCGGCUGCAGCCCCUCCUGUGUGGUGAUUGGGGACAGGACUAAGAUCCACUCCUGCACUUCGUGUUGCACUUCAUCACUCUGCAACAUAGGAAACUCUGCGUCAGCCCAGCCCAUGGCCAGCACACCCCUGGUGACAGUGCUGGUGGCAGCCCUGCUGGUGGGGGCCUGGCUGAGGCCAGCCUUGCCUGUGGUUCUCUUCCUCCCAGCCGGCUAAACCUCUGCCUCCACAAGCGUGUGUUUGUGUGUCUGCUUUGAAGCUUCAACAAAUUCAGUAUUUUUAUAAAAGAAAGUAUUAGACAUUUUCAUGUCUUGGGCACUGUUUUAAAUUUUGAAUGAAAUGAGCGAAUCAUCAUCUUAAUAUGUAUUAUCAAGGCACUAACCAAUUGAUAAAAUUGCCUUGGAGGAGGGUAUGUUAUGCACUAUUCUAUGCAUUCUGCAGUGAUGCUUGGGCACUGCUGGCACUGAGAGCAUGGAUGUGUACCUCAGUUAUUAUGGGUAAGAAAACAGAGGACAGCCAUAGAUUGAGGCACUCCUCUUUCUUCUUUAUUUUCUUGCCCAUUACUUGUUUGUGCCAAAUAUAACCAAGCUACACAUUUCUGAGGACAGAGCCAUAGAUUGAGGAACUCCUCUUUCUUCUUUAUUUUCUUGCCCAUUACUUGUUUGUGCCAAAUAUAACCAAGCUACACAUUUCUGAGACUUUUUGUGUUUAUCUAGUCACCACUGAGGUAUGGCAGCAGUCAGCCCAUGUUGCAUCUUGCUCAGCUCAGCAGCAGCAGCAGUAGCGGUUUUGUACAAGCACAUUCUGGUGGAGAAACUUCCGUAGCUCAGGGGUCUGCAGAAGAUCUGCAUUCAUUAAAGAUCUACCAAUCUCUCGGCCAUUGGGGUUUUGGAAAAGAGAGGGAGUCAUAACCAAAGCAUUCAAUGUUUUAUCCAGUAUUUUGACUUUCCCUACAUACCAGGAGACCAGCAGUACCUUUUGACUGAUUAUUUACAUGAAGUUGUUGAGUUGUUAUUGUUGGACAGCUUCACUUGAUUUCGUUUAGGCACAUCAGGCUAUGAAAUGAACUGACUACUUGCCACAUUGCUUCCCUGGGCUGUUGCUUCUUCAGUCUUAAUUUGCUGAAGCUAUUUGCAUCCACUGACUGAGUGAAGUUUUGAAGCUUAGUGGCUGGUUACCUCAUUAAGAUUCAAGACAGCUGUCCUGAUCUCAAUUGAGCUUUAAAUAAUCUUCACAAAUUGUUAUUUAUUCUAUUAAUAUAUGAUUAUAUAUAUUUAGGAAGUAAGGACAUGUUAUGGCAAUAGUAUUAAUAAAGUAUUAUUAAACUCUUAAGCUCCUA